AUGGCUGCUUCUGAGCACACGCUAGGAACCAGCCGCGGCCAGCGCAAGGCAGCAGCCAAAACGGAUGAACGAGAAAGGAAGAGGAUCGCCGGCGAUCCCAGGGAGGACAGCGGCUCAAAGCGCCACCGCCGCGAUGAGCGGGCCGCCACCGCCCGCACCCCGGCUGCACCUGCCGGCCCGCAGCAGCAGCAGGCCUGGCAGCAGCUGGAUGGACUGGAUGAAGCAGACCUGGCAGGUGCCUGGGCUGCCGACACGCCCGGCCUACAACAGUCCAUCCGCCAGCAGCUGACCCCCGCCGCCGUCGCCGCCGCGGCGCGGCCAGCGGUGCAGCUCCCUGAGGCGGCCGUCUCUCUCGGCAUUCUGGACCGCAACGAGGACAUGGAGGCUGUCCCGAGCUAUGUCAGCGAAGACGAGGGCAAUGCUGAGGUGGCGCAGCACCUGCCUCGGCUCCAGCACCUUUCGGAGCUGCUCACCACGCCGGAGAAGUUCGGGGCGCUGGUUGAUCGGGAGCAGCACUCCGACGAGACGCUGGAGGAGAUGCGGCUGCUCGCCAUCAGGGGCAAGAGUGGCGAGCUGUGGUUUGGGCGGCUGGUGGCGCUGGUGCAGACCGGCGCGCGGCAGGCUGACAGCAGCCAGUGGGCGUACGUGCGUUGGCUGGAGCAGGCUGGCCCAACCACUGCCAGGAAGGCGCUGGAGAUGCUGCUGCCCUUCUAUGACCUGAUCCCGCUGGGUGACAUUAUCGAGCCGGUGUUCUUGCAGCACGAUCGCAGCAGCAGCGCAGACGACGAGCAGAAAGUGCGCUGGUACUACAACCACUUUGUGCGGGGAUGA